AUGAGAAAACAACACCCAUCGUCUUCAAGCUUUCCACUAUCCUGUCACCAGACUCAAGACUCAACCCACUACCCACUCACUUUCCACAUCUCUCUUCCGUUCCACCCCUAUGAAUCAUCAACUCCCAGCUUGACCACCACUUCUCAACCUUUUGGGCCACCAUUCUUUACUUCCACCACUCCAUUCAACUACCUCCCUUCCACGACCACUUCCCAACUACCUCUAUGGAUUCAACUCUCCCAGGCUCCAAACCCUAAGAACACUAACCCUAUCUUCAGGUUACUCCUCAUCCAGCUCUCUUGGGCCCCAUUCUUCAGCUCCUCUUUGGAAUCAACUACCUCUUCAAGUACGGACACAACCCCUUCUUCAAGCUUUUCCACAUCAUCCUUGGAUUCCACCACUUCUCCAACUGACAUCACCUCAACUACCACCACUGAGGACUCCAGCUCCUCUACUUACUCAAGCUCUUCCGUGGGCUUAGAAACCUCUUCAACUUACACCAGCUCUUCUUCAGGCUACUCCUCGUCCAGUCCUCUUUGGAGGCCCACCAUUUCUUCUACUUUCCCAAGCUCCUCUAUGGAUUCAACCACGUCCCCCUUCCAAUCGACCACUUCUCCAACUGAUUCCUCUGUGGAUUCAACUACCUCACCAGGCUCCAGCACCACUGAGGAAACCACCACGUCUUCAAUCUACUUCAGCUCUUCCACACACUCUCCAUCUUACCCUACCUCCUCUAUGGAAUCAACCACCUCGUCAAAUGCGGACACAACCACUUCUUCAGUUUGUUCACAUCCUCCUUGGAGUCGACCACUUCUCCGACUGACAUCACCUCAACUACCACCACUGAGGACUCCACCUCGUCUACUUACUCGAGCUCUUCCAUAG